GGGGGGGGCUGGAAGACCCACGCCCGCCCGGGCUUUUUCCGCGAAAGCGCUCCCGACCGACCCCGCCGCCUCCCCUCCCUCCCCCUCCCCCGGUAAUUUAUUAGCCGCCCCGGCCAUGAAAAUGCUCCUGGUCCGCAAGUUCCGGGUGCUGAUCCUCAUGGUGUUCCUCGUCGCCUGCACCAUGCACAUCAUGAUCGACCUGCUGCCGCGGCUGGAGCGGCGGGGGACCGAGGGCCGCCCCGGCUGCUCCUGCCCGCCGCCCGCCGCCGCGCCGCCCCGCGCCGCCCCGCGCUGGCCCAGCAAGCACACGCUGCGGAUCCUGCAGGACUUCAGCGCCGAGCCGGGCUCCAACCUCUCCUCGCAGUCGCGGGAAGCGGCGGAGCGGGCGGCGGGCGGCGGCGGCGGCGGCGGCGGCGGUGGCGGCGGGGGGGCGGCGGCGGCGCGGACGCGGCGGCUGAUCGCCCCCGGGGCGCCGCGCCCGCCGCCCCCCGCCGCCGCCGCCGCCGCCGCCCCGCUGGCCGCCCUCUUCCAGCACCCGCUCUACCGCGCCGCCCUGCCCCCGCUCGCCGACGGCGACCUCCUCUUCAAUGUCAACAGCGACAUCAGGUUCAACCCCCGGGCGGCCGAGCAGCCCGAGUGGCAAAAUGAAGAUAAUGAAGAAUUUUUGCCAACUGGAGAAACCUCCAUAGACUCCUACCCAAACUGGUUAAAAUUCCAUAUUGGCAUUAAUCGGUACGAGUUGUAUUCCAGACAUAAUCCUGCAAUUGAGGCUUUACUACAAGACCUGGUCUCCCAAAAGAUAACCAGUGUUGCGAUGAAAUCAGGAGGCACCCAGCUGAAGCUGAUCAUGACGUUCCAGAACUAUGGACAAGCAUUGUUCAAACCAAUGAAACAAACCAGAGAACAAGAAACCCCACCUGACUUUUUUUAUUUCUCAGACUAUGAAAGACAUAAUGCAGAAAUAGCAGCAUUUCAUUUGGACAGGAUCCUGGAUUUCCGUCGCGUGCCACCGGUUGCAGGUAGACUGGUUAACAUGACGAGAGAAAUAAGAGAUGUUACUCGUGACAAGAAACUGUGGAGAACAUUUUUCAUCUCACCAGCCAACAACAUCUGCUUCUAUGGGGAAUGCUCCUACUACUGCUCAACAGAGCACGCCCUGUGUGGAAAACCAGAUCAGAUUGAAGGGUCUCUGGCUGCUUUCCUACCUGAUUUGUCUUUAGCUAAAAGGAAAACCUGGAGAAACCCUUGGAGACGUUCCUACCACAAGCGCAAGAAAGCAGAAUGGGAAGUUGAUCCAGAUUAUUGUGAAGAGGUUAAACAAACACCCCCGUAUGACAGUGGGACCAGAAUUCUGGAUAUAAUGGAUAUGACAGUUUUUGAUUUCCUAAUGGGUAACAUGGAUCGACAUCACUAUGAAACCUUUGAGAAGUUUGGAAAUGAAACAUUUAUUAUCCACUUAGAUAAUGGAAGAGGGUUUGGAAAAUAUUCCCAUGAUGAACUUUCCAUAUUGGUGCCUUUAAACCAGUGCUGCAGAAUAAGGAAGUCUACCUAUCUGCGAUUACAGUUGUUAGCCAAGGAGGAAUACAAACUCAGUCUCUUGAUGAAGGAAUCUUUACUAAAAGAUAAAAUAGCUCCCAUUCUCUACCAGCCUCACUUGGAGGCGAUGGACAGGCGGCUGCGGAUUGUCCUCAAGGCUGUUAGUGACUGUAUAGAAAAGGAUGGUUAUGACAAUGUGGUUGAAAAUGACUUUAACACUGAUGUUAACACUGUUACGACCGAGAGGUAGUGAAAUCGCAAGACUACGUUUUUACCAGCCAAGUAAAGAAGAUUCAAAGAGGAAAAAGAAAAAAAAAGUCUUGCAAAAGACUGUGUAUGCCACUUUGUGAAUUCAGUGAAUUCAGAAAUGAGAUAUAAUUGUUCCCAAAGUAGGUAAAGUGUAGACUCUGCAAAGGAUUAGUUCAUUAAGAAAAGUAAGUCUAACGUGAUGCUUUUCAUUAGUUCCUAAAGAGAGAUUAUGAAAAGAUUCAGAAAAUGCUCAUUGACAGACAACAGUCUGAUAGCAAAACGCCUCCUGUCCUUUUUGUAUAGAAAGGAGGCCUUUACUUAAUAUUUUGUAUUUAUAUAUGGUAUAUCUAUGAAACCCCAGACCUACCUACCAAAUUUAACUAAGAGGGAUGGCAUAGUUUUGUGACUCACACUUUAUUUGUGGUGACAGUCCACUUAGUAUUUUGUGUUAACCCUUUAAGUGCUCUAAUCCACUGUAUCUUAUUUAAAUUGAUGCUUUUUUUCCCCCAGCUACUCAGCAUUUAAAGGGUUAAGGCAUUAUGAACUUUUAAAGGCAAAAAAUAAUAAUUAUUAUAAUAAUAAUAAUGAAUACAGUGGUUACCAGAAGGGAAUUUCACUAAUUGUGCAUUGACAGGAAUACUUGAAUGUUGGUUUUACAAAGUGAUGUAAAAUGACAAGUUGUACUAUUUGUCCAUAAGGAGGUGGCAGCUCUUAUCUUUCUAGACUAUCAUAGCUGAGCUGCUACUUUUCAACUUUGCUUUUGAUAGUUUUGUGUAAAUAUAUACAUAUAUGGGUAAAAAGCUGCUUUCAGCAGCUCUAGGCUUACUUUUGCAGCAUUUUUGUGGAAUUGUUUGCAACGUGGUAAAAGUGCAAUAAAGAUAUGGCAAAAUGUGUA